ACGAGCGAGAGCAGUUCGAAGCAGCGGAGAAAGCAGCCGACGCAACAGAAAUUUCAUAACAAAAUAUUGGGGCAAACAGCACUUGCUGCAAGCAAGCAGAAGUGCAGGCCGAGAGCGCAAAGUGGGAGCACAAGGAAAAAGUAGUUGAAGUGAAUUUUAAAUUAAUCAAAGAAAACAAUUCAGUUUACAGAAAAACGAAAAUAUUAACUGAAAAAGUGCAACAAAAAUGCUUUUAAUGCAUUAUUAACACAAACAAUAACAAUAACAAAAUUGUGCAAAAAGUGCAAUUGCAAAAAAAGUGCAAAAUAAAAACAUUUAAACCAGAUACAGAAAAUUUCUUUGCUUUCGUUCGAAGGCUCCAAAAAACAAAAAAAAAAAAAAAAAAAAAUAGAAAUAUGCAUUGCUAAAGUAUGGGGAACGAAUUUUAGGGAGAACCCUUAAAUUGUUGGAGCAGUGCAGUUGGGGAUAUACAUUUCGUAUGUUAUUUCAGUGCAAAGUAUUUUGAGUGUUGAACGGAAGUUUGGCUGACUGCUUGAAAAAAUAAUAUCAAACACCAAAAUAGUUACUGAAAGAAACAGCAAAAUCAUUGUCGCAGCAACUGUGGUAGCGGCAGCAACGCCAGCAGCAGCCACACCAUAAGCAGCAGAAAAGGCAUCUACAACCCCAACGCAACCAACAACGACGGCAGCGACGAUAACAAUCGACGCUUGAAAAUGUCAACACUUCCGUUUUUGUUGAGCGUCGCCGAUGAGCUCGAUAACAUCAACUCGCAGUCAUAUAUGGACGACUUCGGGUUGGGCUUCCAUCCGCACCGUCAAUAUUAUCGUACACCCACAAUCCAAUUGUCCUUGCCCGCCAGUACCGACUGGAUGGAACAUGAGCGCUCCCAGCGCUGCCGUUCGCAUAAAUUCGUCUUCGAAACACAAAACAAUCUAACGGCCACGGCGGAGGGCGAUGAGGCGGACGACACCGAUGAGGCUGGCAAUGGUGGCCGUGGCGGUGUACUAGACGGCGGUGCAGACAAUACGUUCACAGAUCGUUAUGGCAGUGGCGCAAGCACGUCUGCCGCCAGUCGACAAAAAUACACUUCCUUAUUGAACUCGAACAACGAUGGUAUUGCUGACAAAGGAGUCGUCAGCAGCAGCGGUAAGAGCGGCAAAGGUGGUGACGACGAUACCAUCGAUAAUACAGUGCAGAUGUGUAACUUGUCGAAAAAGUGUUGCAAAAACUACUAUCGACGCGGUGACGAACCAACAUCGGCCGCAUUGGCGGCCAAGGGGAAAUCUGCAGAGGGUGGCUAUCGUUUGCAUGCCAAGUGUAUGGAAGGCGCUAACUCGUCGUCGGAUGAGAGUUUGCAGAAACCCACAUCGUCCAUAGAGUUUUUGACGUGCUUCCUGGUGAAAAAGUCGCGUGCACCCAAAGGUGCGGGCAUCAGCGGUAGUAGCAAGAAAUCGUCGUAGGACACGGUUUCGAAGCGUAGAAGCAAUUGUUUCUGAAUAUGUAGGCGAGGGCAGGACGGCGACAAUGACGGCGACGAUGCACGCCGAAGUUAUGGGCGAUGGGCGAGUUGUGGGCGAGGUGUUUGCGGUGAUUGUGGUGAGAUUGAAUGCCAGCAGUGAAGCAGUGGAGCGGAGGUCAGGUGAAGGCGAUUGAUGAUUUACGCAUUCACGCGGUUGUAAUGCAGCUACAGCGUAACGCAAUUGGGCAACUGAGUAGUUGAGUAACUGAAGAACUGAAAAACGAAUUGACGCGUUUUCACACUUUAUUUGGCAAUGAGUUUGCGAAGCUGUCAAGGGUAAAAUGCAAGGACUUUGGAGUGCCGACGGGAGAGGUGUUGAAAGAUUGCGGCUGAAAGUAGUUGGAAAAUAAACGCGUCUUCAAAAAGGGCAGCCAUACAGUUGGAAGUGUGAGUUCACAGCUAAUCUCACACACAUACGUAUCUCAAAUAUUAUACUUACACACACACACACACACACACACAUUAUAUACACAUAUUUUAAGAAUAAGUAUAUGCGCAUGUAUCAAUUUGAAAAUAGUUGUAAACAACAAAAACAAAAAAAAAACCGUAGUAAAUGUUAAGUGAAUGACGGGAAAAAUAUUCAUGUGGUGCCUAAUCGUUAGUUUCGUAGUUAAAAAAAUUGCCAGAGGCCGUAGAAAAUUAACAGAUAAUGGCUGAAAAGGCUUUGUUUUUUUUUUGAAAUAUGGUAAGCUUUAGUGAGUAAAUGUUAAUGGAAUGCUUUUAUGUGUAGUAGUAAUAUUUAAGAAAUAUGCAAGCGUAAUUGUGGUGUUAACGAGGCGGUGUUUUGGUGUUAACGGGCCGGAUGUGAUAUCAGUGAACGGUUUAAGUAACUUAAAAAGAUGCUCAAGUGGGUGAAAUGCAUUUUUGAGUACUUUUUAUAUGCAGAUAAAUGUAUUUUUUCUUCUAAUUUAGCACGAAAAAUGAAAAAAUAAUAAAUCUUUUUUAGUCUCUGGGAAUAAAAACAGAAGAUUUUUAAUAUUCAUUUUGGUCACUUUCGCAGAGAAAAUAAUUUACAGCAAUUGAAAAGCACUUCAAUUUUGAAGUUUUUGGAACUCCGCAAGGGGAAGUACAUAUUACAGUGCCUUUUUUAAAUUCAAGUAGAUGCAACUCAAGUAACAACCAGAUAUGACAGAUUUUCAAAUAAUUCUAUUCUGAAGAGAUUUUAUGUUACUGCGUGAAUAUCCGUAAAGUGGUUCGAGGAAGAUCUUUCAAAAUAUUUAAUUGAGAACACGAAGCUUGCACGGUCUGCAUGCAAUUAUUCAGGGCCGUAGAGAGCACAUCCAGGCGGGGGAAAAUUGCAAAUGCGGGCCCUUUCCAAUUAUGUUUAAUUCAUAUAAUUCGAAUUACUCUCGAGUGCGGGCCUCUCUGAGAACUCCGGGCCUGGGGUAAAAAGUCCCCGAUUCCCCCCUCUCGUCGGGCCUGCAAUUAUUAGAUAAAGAAUAAAUUUUCCAUGCGACUUUAAAACUAGUUGGUGUUGCACUUGUUGGCGAAUGGAA